AUGAUUCGUUAGCGAUUCGGACGGACAUCGCUAGUUUGGGAAAGACCCCUGCAGAAACUUUGCUUGCCACGUAGUCGAGGCUGCACAACUUGUAGUUUGUGAAGCUUUUCAUGUUUUGUUGUGUAUGAAACGUCAGCUGAACAGUUAGAGGUUGUUAAACUGGUCUUAAUAUUAAGAUGAUUCCAGAAUUGUGGACAUGCAUUUUUUCUGCAUUCUUCUUUUACGUGCAUGGAGCAAAACUCCCGGAACCAGAGGUGAAAAUAGAAGUUCUAUACAAACCUUUCCUUUGCCAUCGUAAAUCCAAAUACGGGGAUAUUCUUCUGGUUCACUACGAUGGCUUUCUGGAGAGUAAUGGCACAAUGUUUCAUUCCAGCCGUCAUCACGGAGACAAAAACCCUGUCUGGUUCACAUUGGGGAUCCGUGAGGCGAUCAAGGGUUGGGACAAGGGUCUUCAAGGCAUGUGUGUGGGGGAGAAGAGGAAACUGACCAUCCCUCCAUCUCUUGCAUAUGGCAAAGAGGGCAAAGGUAAAAUCCCUCCAGAGAGCACUCUGAUUUUUGACAUUGAGAUCAUAGAGAUCCGAAAUGGGCCCAGGUCACACGAGUCCUUUCAGGAAAUGGACCUCAAUGAUGACUGGAAACUUUCCAAAUCAGAGGUCAAAGAAUACUUGCGCAAAGAGUUUGAAAGACACGGAUACGCCGCCAAUGACACCCAUCAUGAAGUGAUGGUUGAGGACAUCUUCCAAAAAGAAGAUGAAGACAAUGAUGGAUAUAUAUCAGCCCGGGAGUUCACUUACAAACAUGAUGAACUAUAAAUACACACUCCUGCAAAACCACAGCAAUGUUUACCUUCAGAAGAUUCCAAUAUUUACCUUCAGAGAUUUGCAGGUUGUCGGUAUCAUUUCACAUCAUGUGACAGUAGAUAUAAACAGGUUUUCUGUUAUCUACAGGUCAUGUAUGCAAUUCAUUUUUUUUUUUUUUUUUAAAUAUACACUCAGGUGUUAUAAAGUAUAUUUGAGCUGAAGAUUGUAGGUCUUAUUCAAUGUCAUGAUGUUAAAUUCUGCUCAAAGAGAAUGUUUUGUCCCUAAAGUGCCUGUUGAACAUUUCCGUGCUGAUUUUUUAAUGGUAUGUGAGUGUGUUACUUAGAGCCAAAUGAAUUAUGCAGUAUUGUUUACAGUAUUUCGAGGAUCUUAAAGUUACUUUGUCAGGAGUUGCCUGUAAGUAUUUCUUAUAAAGUGUAAAAUAUA